GAUAAGGUAAGUUUCCAAGGAGCAAGCUACUUUAAUCGCGAAAGUGUAUCAAAAAUGGCUCACUUCAUAUUUACUUGGGAGAAUCUCAGAUAUUCAGUUACUGAAAGACAAAGUUCUAUAUGGAAGCAGACCAAGAGAAAAAAGGUCAUCAUAGAUGGGGUUUCGGGAUCAGCCAUUUCCGGUUGCGUAAUUGCCAUAAUGGGAGUGAGUGGAUCGGGAAAGACUUCACUGCUGACUUUACUUUCCGGGCAACGCAAAGGCAAAGGAGUUUUGAAGAUCAAUGGCAGAGCCAUCAGCGGAAAAAUGCUUCGAAGUAAUUCAGCAUUCGUACAGCAAAAAGAUAUAUUUAUUGAAACUCUAACGGUUUACGAACACAUUACCUUUAUGGCAGCAAUGUCUCUAAAUCAGGCCCAUAGUGCUAGAGUUUUGGUAGUUCAUAAACUACUUAAGGAUUUCAAUAUAGAGAAUUUAAUGUAUACGAAAAUCCAAUAUUUAUCUUCAGGGGAGAAACGCAAGCUUUCUUUGGCAUCAAAUCUUCUUUCAGACCCAUGUAUUCUCUUUUGCGAUGAACCUACUACUGGAUUAGAUAGUUUUAGCGCUAUUUCAGUGGUGCGAAUUUUGGAAACCGUGGCGGUCUCUGGAAAAAUUGUAUUUUUAACAGUUCACCAGCCUUCCUCGCAGCUUUUUGAGUCAUUUGACAAUAUCAUUCUGCUAUCUACUAAUGGUAAAGUCGUUUUUCAAGGAUCACCGGAAAAUGCUAGAGCAUUUUUCGAAAAUCAGUUUUUAUACUGCCCGACUGCCUAUAAUCCGGCAGAGUUCUAUAUAAAAAAUAUAGCGGUGAAAUCCAGUUCAGAUGAGGGCAGAAUUGAUCACAUGGUGGAAGUGUUUAAGGAAGAAUAUGCCGUAAAGUUCAACUUCUCUGAUAUUGAGUACGAUGGCCUGUUACUGAAACAACGAGACACUGAGAAGAGUUUUGUCUUCGCAUUAGGAUGGCUAACUUGGAGGAUACUCAUUGAUAUGAAACGGAACUUUAAGCAAUAUUCCGUAACAUUUUUAUUAAUUAUCAUAACAGCGUUCAUUAUAGGACUCACUUAUUCCAGUAUCAGCUUAAACGAAGGAAGUAGCGUUCAAAGCAUCCAAGGAGCCCUACUGCUCAUUGUGUCUGAAUUAAUCUUCAAUGGAAUGUACCAGGUGAUAUUUAUGUUUCCUUCAGAAGUGGAACUUUUUAUUCAAGAGAAGAAUAUGUACUCAGCUUUGCCAUACUUUGUCUCCAAAAUCGUCUCCUUGAUACCUUUUGCCUUUGUCCAUUCAUUGGGAUUCUUAGCAGCUUACUUCAUUUGCCUGCACUUUCUUGCUGGUGUCCAUCUUUUCACGUAUAUGUAUCUCAUAUUGGUUGGGGCGUCUUUGGGAGGUAGUGCCCUUGGGCUGUGCCUUUCAGCGCUUUUCCCAUCAAUAGAGGCAGUUCAUCUAUUCAUAGUGCCUUUAGAACUGUUAUGCUUACUGCUGUCGGGAUUGUGGAUAAAGGUCAAUUCCCUCUCCAAAUUUUUUUCAGUUGUUAAGUAUUUAUCACCAUUCUACAUUUCCUAUGAAUCGAUUUGUAUUAUAUAUUGGAUCAAACUGGAUGGAGUAGAUCUUUGCACCAACGUGAGAGAUAUCGCAUGUUUUCACAAUGGGACUGAAGUGUUGAGGAAUUAUGGCUUUACUCCAAGUUAUGAUAAAGUUUACAGUAAUUUAAUUUAUCUUAUGAUAUUGAUAUGUGUAUACUGCUACAUUGGGUAUAUAGGUAUACUGAGGAAACGGGCUUUAUAUCAUGUGUAGUUAAGAAAUAAAGUCAAUUCGUAUUACAAA